CAAAAACGCAUUUCGAGACCCCGCAUCGUUGGCUGUGCUGAUGCUGAUAUGAGUGAGCUGACACAUUAGGCUUCAACUUCAAUCAUCUGAUGGGUUUUACAGUAUAAUAAAGAGACGAACGAAGAACUAAUGUGCCAAGAUAACUGUUCAUUCAAUAACCCUUAUGUCUACUAUGCAAUCGCAAGACUCUCCAGCCAGUUUCGGUGUUCUCGGCGCUGAGCCCCCAGUGCUCUCGACUGCAUCAUCACCGUAUUCCAUCAUCUUUGAAUGGGCAGCCCUACUACCAUUAGUUAUUUAUCUCUCCAGCAGUCGGCUACCACAUAGAUUAGUGGGCCAAACCGCAUUAACUGGUUAUGUCCCCGUCGCAUUAUUCCCUCGCCUGGGGGUAAUAGCAACUAUAGCCGAUUUCCUCCAACAAGGCCAAGAGUUCUUGGAUCGCGCAUCUUCUGGCAACGACCUUCGUAGAAAGGUCUGGGACGUCAACUGGGGGAGCAUAUUCCCUUGCGCCAACGGAGCAGUAGCCGCUAUGCUCAGUGCUCAUGCGCUUCGCAACAUCAAUGUUCAGAAGGUACCGGAAGACGUGGAACAGAUCGCUGGGCCUAAAGGAGGUUAUAAGCCUUUGAAGCCCAAUAGUCCGUUUCGUCGUUACCAGAAACUUCACAUCCUGCGCUUUUCUGAAACUACGAAAAAGCUCAGCCAUGCCCGAUACCUUCGGUCUGGUCUCCCCACUAUCCUUGAAAUACUUCUCCUCUUGGGGCUUUCCGGGGCCAGCGUUGUCUGCUUUCUAUGUGGGCUCUAUGGAACUGGUGUCGCAAUGAUCCUUGCCGUUCUAUUACGCAUAAGCAGACACCUUAUGGUUAUCGAGCGACCAGAUGGAUAUUUCAAAAAUAAUGAGGUUGGUCUCCCGGGCUGUAUGUUGGUGGCUCUGAAUGAGAAUGCCUCGACAUGGUAUCUAUACAUCGGUUCUCGUGGAAUUAUAGAUACCAUGCUCAACAAGACCAUGGUCCAGUCGGUUCACUCUCCACUGGGCAUCUGGCAUGCUUACGCCCUGCGAGCUCUGGAAGCCUUACAAAUCCUUGUGAUGACCUACGUCGCAGCUCAGAAAGGUUGGGAUGGGGUCGCACUUCUAUCACUGGUUGUUGUUUCUUCUAUGCUUGACUACAUAGCCUAUAGCGAUGAUCGUUUGGCCUCGAAAUGGCUUAAGCGAGAAGGCGUAAAGGUUGAUGCGACUACUCUACAGUUUAGUGGUCGAACGCCUAUGAUUGGAACGAUCCAGACUUUGGGCAACCAACGAUCGACGACGUGGAUGGAUGGAAUCAUUGCUCCCUCAACUCGCCGUGACGCAUGGCUUCGGAGGCUUUCAUCUGAUGGAAAAGAGGAUGCUUUUGAGAAGGACGCCAGUUUUGAGGAUGAGGAUUGGAUCUAUUUGAACGAGAGACUGACUCUCGCGGCACGAGAUAUGAUUCCACCCGAUAUCAAAGCUGAGCCGAGCCCAUAAGAUCAACCUAAGAUCGUCUUAUUACAUCUCUGCUUAUAUGCGACCACUUUACAAAGCCCUGCUAUUAAUAGAUUUCUCCCCAACUACGAUACCCUUUGUCUUUUUGCAG